CCAUUUGAUUCUUGUUCUCAUCAUUCCUUCCGAUUUUAUUCCUCAUGGCUCAAGCAUUUGAGAAAAGCGGACUCUCACGAUCCAAGGGAUAUGAAUGUCUCCUGGAAGCAUACAUGGAGGACGUUCAACGAGCUCGCAGAUCUCAUGGCAAAGGAGGGAGCUAGAUUCCAAGUGGAAGAACAGGCCAGGUCCCACUCCUUUUUUGUUCAGGACCAUCGCUGCACUACAUAGCCUCCCUCGACGCGGGCACUCCUCAGCCUUAAUCUUAUUUUUUUUUGAAAAACCAUUGAAAAUCAUUGUAUGUGGGCGGGACCUAUAAGCAACAUGACUGACUGAUGUAUUUUUUGCUGAGAGCUACCCUUAGUAGGUGCUCUCUGUCUCUCCCACUUCUGUAAUGAUUACUGACAUAGUAAUACACUGUUAACAGUUUUCAAAAUAAAAAAAAAAAAAAAACUAGAAAGGUAGUGAAUAUUCCCCAUGAAACGCUUCUCCAAACUUCAUACACCACAAAGACAUGUCUAAAAAGUAAUGUAUGGCCAAAUACUAAGCACUUGGCAAGGAUGACGAAAUCCCAAGUUAAUUUCAAGUUCUUGUUUUGGUCUCCUCAAGAGUUGAUAUUAGGCGCUCAAAAUCAGACUCAAAUCAAUUUGGAAACUUGCUGGAGAAAUCCUUUUAAGUUUUGGUCACAGAAUCGAAACCGAAAAAUAUUUUUGAACUUAAAAUAUUUAAAGUUCAAUCCUCUUAGAAGUGAAAAGAUUUCAUUAUUAUUAUUAUUAUUAUUUUUGGUGGGGUUGAGGGUUUAGGGUUCACCCCAAAACUUUUUCUUCCCUUCCACAAGGGGAAAUGAUAAAAGUAGCCCUGGUUGUGGGCUAUUUUCUCCCACGAGCAGGGCAUCACGAUGUGGCCGCGUAGGUUCUCACAUAUGCGAGUACCUAUGCGCCCCCUAGGUGUCUGGAUUAUGUAAACCCGUCUAUGCAUGGCCAAUACAAUGCAGCAAAGGGCUGCAUUGAUUCUGCAUAAUGCAUUUUGUGACUGGAUUCGAUAACUGUAAUAGACUGAAGUUACAGGCACACACUCAUGCCAGACAUUUUUCCGCAUGCAAGACAUUUUUGCCAUAGCAAUGGAUGGAUGGAGGGAGGGAGCGAGGGGAGACUAACUCCCUUCAAUCAAGUUAACCUAAAGCCCUUUAAAUGCAGUGAAAACUAAUAGUUCGCUUGUACAGAAAGUGAAGCUGCCUCAUGGUGAAAGAUAGGGUUGUUUGGUUGAAAAGAUUAGCACCCACUAGUUCAAUUGUUGCAAAUAGCAUUAAGGAGGAUUCAGUGGAAUUGUGCAUCUGGAAGUGGUUCUUGGUCAUAGAAUGGAAUGCUAUAUUUGUAGCAUGAUUGGAUCUCUUGUGAGCUAUUGAUGUCAGCAGUGACUUGUUUCAGCUGUUUCGAAUUCGGGCUCAAGGAAUGAGGCCAUAAUGAUGACCUGGUGCAGGAAGUGCUUCAGGCAAGUACUAGAAGGAUCAUUCGCUUGCUGGAAGUAUGGGUCCUGGAGGAAGCUACAGCAGUUCAGGGCCUGGCGAAGAUUUUCAACUUUUCCUUUGAUGAGAACCGCUUGCGCAUUCCUCCUCUCCAAAGCAAAGGGAAGCGUAAACCACUUGUCGAUUCCUCUCCUUCCUUAAUACUCCUGGUCCUUUAUUUUUUGACUGACGUCCAAAGAAUGCAUGAGCUCAAGAUGAGCCACAUCAAAUACAAGGAUCAGAAUGUGCCAUCUCCUGCAUGAAUGACUGCAAGAACCGAGCUUUAAAUGCUUCUAAUACUCUGUAAGGAUUAGCUCUAUUAACCUCCUGCCUGCCUUUUCAACACCCUGGAAUAAAGGCCUUGUUAUUAAAGCUAUGGACACUCGCUUUGGGCUUUGCAACAGCAAGAAGCCUAUGUUAUUGAGGUCCUUCACAUGACUUGGCUGCCAUUGGUUUGACAUGUCGCAAUUCGGAAGCUAUGCACACAUCAAAUCACACAUGUGGGCUUUGCAUCAUGAGCGAAGCAGAUGGUACCAACAAGCAGUUACUACUGCACUCUGGUGCAACUUUCUUGUGUUUUCUUUAAAAUUUGGGGUAUGGUUGGAGACAUCAAGCCAUGUUAUGUUGGCUGAAGUUAUACAUUCUCUUGCAGAUUUUGCAAAUCAGGCCCUUCUUGCUUAUGGCCUUAAUAGCUCGCGGCGUGCUCCAGAUGCUCUGCACCCCUAUGGAUAUUCAAAGGAAAGAUUUGUGUGGUCAUUGAUUUCUGCUGUUGGUAUAUUCUGCCUUGGUUCUGGCGCAACCAUUGUUCAUGGAUUUCAAAAUUUGUGGAAUGCACAGCCUCCUCAACAUAUUUUUUAUGCGGCUCUUGUGAUUGGUGGUUCAUUCAUUAUAGAAGGUGCUUCACUUGUGGUAGCAAUAAAUGCUGUCAAGAAAGGUGCAGCUGCUGAAGGUAUGAAAAUCCGUGACUAUGUCUGGCGCGGUCAUGAUCCAACAUCAGUGGCAGUCAUGACAGAGGAUGGUGCUGCUGUUACUGGGCUACUUAUUGCCGCUGCAUCCUUGGUGGCUGUGAACCGGACAGGAAAUGCAAUUUAUGAUCCGAUUGGUUCUAUUGUUGUGGGCCACUUACUUGGAAUGGUUGCCAUUUUCCUCAUUCAAAGGAAUCGCCAUGCUUUGAUUGGCAGAGCUAUUGAUGAUCACGACAUGGAACGGGUGCUUCGGUUUCUCUCAUCUGAUCCGGUUGUAGAUGCUAUAUAUGAUUGCAAAAGUGAGGUGAUUGGACCAGGAUUCUUUAGAUUCAAGGCAGAGAUAGACUUCAAUGGGGUUGUGGUGGUGCAAAAUUAUCUGGAGAGAACAGGUCGUGAAGAAUGGGCUAGACAGUUUAGAGAGGCUACAAUGGGUAAAGAUGAUGCGGCUAUUCUAAAGACCAUGGCAAACUAUGGUGAGGAGGUGGUUACAGCUCUUGGCAGUGAAGUAGACAGGUUGGAGAAGGAGAUCCAAAAGAUUGUUCCUGGGAUUCGUCAUGUGGACAUUGAGGCCCAUAAUCCUAAAGGUCCAUCCCCAUGAUCUCUCUCUCUCAUCAUGGAAUUCACCAUGUCAGCAUUGAGGCCCAUGAUCCCAAAGGUCCAUCUCCAUGCUCUCGCGCAUCCUGGCAUUCAUCAUGUCAAUGUUGAGGCCCAUGAUUCUAAAGGCCCAUCCCCAUGAUUUCUCUCUCUCUC